AUGACAGGCAACAUGGCCACCGAUGCCCAGGCUCGCCUCGAGGUCGCCCUGCAGGGCAUGCUCGAUCUGGACUACCAUAAGGAGCGCCGCACCGGCGCUGCCGUCACGCAGGAUGAUGCUGCACUCGCCGCCAUGAAAGCAGCCGAAACCGAGCUGCAAGCAGCCUCUCUCGCCGCGCCCGACACCCUGCUGCCGCCGCCGCUGCCCUCGGCGCUGCGCCGCGUGCUCGCGGAGGGCUGCGGGCGGGGCGCGGCCCCGACGCGCACGCGCGCCGGUUUCGAAGCCUUGCCGCGGCGGUCGCCGUAA